UACCCCCACAGCGAGAAGAUUGCCUGCAGAUCAGAGUUGUCGUUGUGGAGGUAGCCACUGCGGAAAUUCGGGUCUGCCUGACAUUCUCUGAUGGAACACAACGAAGAGCAUCACAUUUACAAGAUCCCCCGACCUUCCCGCAGCCAGUCAUUCACUGUGGGCCGCCCCACACCUCCCCCGCCAAUCACAGUCCCUGAACAGACUGUCUACACACAGAACCAGCUGUACUCAGCCCAUCUCUCGACCAUCCCAAACUCAGCACCUCCUGCUCUCCCUCGACGCAACUUUGCCACUGCUAUCAGAGACGCUGUUGGCUCCAAUCUUUCUCCUCUACCUCUCCUUCCACCUCCUCUUCCUUCCCUCCCUUACUUCCCUCCCCUGCCAACGACAACAACUGCACAAGAGAGUGUCUUCGGGUCAUCUCCAAGCAAAAAACGGUGGAAAAACUCGAUUCCACACUUUGGCAGUUUCAAGGAGAAGACAAAAAGGGCCGACUAUGGUUUCCAGACCACGCGACGACUGAGCACUGAAUGUGUGGCAUCAUCCACUGCCGAGAGGGAGCCCCAUGCAGGGACCAUCCUGACACUUGGUAGACUAGCAGAGAACCAUCCACACUCCUUCCCAUUUCAAGUGAAGGUU